AUGGACGAAAAAAAUUUACCUUCUUCAAGCGAUGAAAGUGAUGUCGAUUUUGUACCUGAAGGCGAGGAAUCUGAAUCUGGUUCAGGUUCGGAAGAAACCGACAACGAAAAUCAAGAUGACAGUAAAAAUGGAAAUACUAGAAAGAAAAGCCGAAAUUCCAAAAAAAGCAAUAAAAGAUUAAAAACUGACAUAAAUGAAGAAAAAUUGGAAGAUGAAAAUGAAAAAACUGAAAAAAAAAUUGAUGUGGAUGCCCUUUGGGCUGAUUUUAAAAGUGAUGUAAAUAACAAAGUGAAAAAGACUGCAACUAGUUCAGUUUCAAAAGUAGAAGAAAAAGAGAGUAAUAGUAAUGCCAAUGAAAUACCUGUUGAAAAGAAAUUAUUAAGUAAUAAACUUAAAGGAAUUCCUAGUGUUUCAAACAAAUCCAAAAUCGGUGGUUUAUCAAAUAUUGGAAUAAAUUUAAAAGAAAUGAAGGAAUAG